UAACCUCCAGAUGGUAACUGGGAUCUCAGCUCCAACUCCUUCAUGUGUGAGGGUCAAGGAAUGAGUAAGAGCCUGUUAAUAGAGGCCAGUGGGAGUUGUAGGGAAGGAAAGACAGGAAUAAUCUCUGCCUGAGCAUUUUCUGUUCAGCUUUGGCAGAGCUGCGGAGUGGAGCAGAGGAUGGAGAUGGUGAUCCUGGUGUUUGCUCUGCUCAGCUGGGAAUGGCAGCUGAGCCCUCCCAGUGCUGGGGCUCUGGGGAAGGGGGUGUUGGGCUGGAAAUGACCAGCAGGAUCAUGGGCAGGAAUGUUUUAUUUACUGGGUGAGGAGCCUCGCUAAGGGUGGAGACUCACUGAUGCCUUGCUGUGGUCACGGAGAGCACAAAUUUCUGGAAUUGUUCGAGCUGAAUCCUGAAUAUUCAGUCAGAGUGGAUUAGGUGAGGCAGUGUGGAUUUUGAGGGAGUUACCUUCUCUGCUUCUUAUCUGCUGUUAUUUCAGCGGCUGCAGGAAUUCCUUUGCUUCUCUGACCAGUACAGAAUGUUCUAAAGCUUUUUUUCCUUUCUCUUUUUUCCCUUCCUCCCUUCACAGGGAAGUUUCUCAGCAGAACACUGAGGUGUGGAUGUACAGCUGAUGAGGAUCCUUUCCAGCCUUAAGGAUUUUUUGUAGAAUACUUGAGGUUUCUUUACAUUAAUUUUCCAAAUAGUGUUCCUUGCACUUGGGUGGUGCUGGCAUCCCUGUGGAAAGGAUUGGACCUAUCCCAUGAGGAGAGAGAUGCAGGAAAUCUUACCUGGGUUAUUUUUAGGCCCAUAUUCUUCAGCUAUGAAAAGCAAGCUACCUAUACUUCAGAAACAUGGAAUAACCCAUGUAAUAUGCAUACGACAAAACAUUGAAGCAAAUUUUAUUAAACCAAACUUCCAGCAGUUAUUUAGGUAUUUAGUCUUGGAUAUUGCAGAUAAUCCAGUGGAGAAUAUAAUCCGGUUUUUCCCUAUGACUAAAGAAUUUAUUGAUGGAAGUUUACAAAGUGGAGGAAAAGUUCUUGUCCAUGGGAAUGCAGGGAUUUCUAGAAGUGCUGCCUUAGUUAUUGCAUAUAUAAUGGAAACAUUUGGGGUGAAGUACAGGGAUGCAUUUACUUAUGUCCAAGAAAGAAGAUUCUGUAUUAAUCCUAAUGCUGGAUUUGUCCAUCAACUUCAGGAAUAUGAAGCCAUCUAUCUAGCAAAAUUAACCAUCCAGAUGAUGUCACCUCUGCAGCUGGAGAGAUCCCUCUCAGUCCCACCUGGCAGCACAGGGAGUUUGAAGAGGAUGCACGAGGAGGAUGAAGAUCUUGGCACCAUGCAGGUGGCAGCAGCACAGAAUGGCUGAUGGCUGAGGACAAGCACUGGUUGUAGUGAGAAUUCCUGCCAAGAAAGGUGAAGAAAACUAGGGGAAAAAAAAACCACACAAAAAACAAAACGAGAAUUAAUGCAAAACAAUGAACACACAUAGCUUCUUUUCAAAUUACAUGUUGCUUUCAGAUGUAAAUCUGCCUCUGCAACACACUAAGCAUCAUUUUUAAGAUGUUGGACUUCUUGAAUGAAUAGAUGGCACUGAUUGUUUUACUCCUUUUUUACACUUUACAGUUUAUUCUAAACCAAGAUUUUUGGACUUGCAAAGAGGUAUUAUUGCAAUAAUGCACUUUUCAUACUUGAAAUUUCUUUAUUUGUAUGAUAUAAAGUUAUUACUUUAAACAAAAUGCAAGCGGGGGGGGCAUUUGUUUAUAAAGUUAUUUGUGUAAUUUAUAACAAGAGACUUUAGUAAAGAAAAAGUUUGCUAAAA